GUUUUGUGCUUUGUCAAGAAGGGUUAAUAGAGACCAGAAUUAAUGAUCUUGAACCCAGAACUGAUCUUGUGCUUUGCCAAAAAGGAUUAAUAGAAACUGGAAUUGGAGAUCUUGAACCAGAACUUGCUGUUACUAAUAAUUCUUCUCUUUGUAGGUCUUGUGCCUUGUCAGAAAGG